GACUUGAUGUAACAAGAUAAUGUAAAAAUAAUUAUAGAAGAUACCACGUGAUCAUAUUCCAACGGGAUCUUAGGUUCGCCGCGCUUGCUUCAGCGCUUUAGCCAAAUGGAGCUGCUUAAAUUCCCAAAUGCAAUAACAACAUUAUCAUGGACGAACUCCGCCUCCGCCGCUGCCAUUCGCCACGCUUCCUCUCCCGCCGUCGCUCUCACCCUCUUCAAAUCCCGCCUUCUCCGCCGCCGUCAUCCUGCCGCUGCCACCGAUCUUCACGACUCCAACGCCGCCGUUUUCACCCUCAAGCACUGCUCCUCCUUCCCCGUUUCCUCGACCAUCCGCCUCAUCCCCUCCCUCCACGCCCUUCUCCUCAAAAGCAACCUUUUAUCCUCAGUCCAUGUCUCUUCCACCCUUCUUCACACGUACUCCCUCCUCUCUCUCCCCGACGCCCUCCAGCUGUUCGAAGAAAUUCCCAACCGAAACGCUGUCACCUACAACACUAUGAUCACCUGCUACGCUCGUCACAGCAACAUCUAUGCAGCCCGCGAAGUGUUCAACGAAAUGCCUCAACGAGAUAUUGCCUCUUGGUCCGCCAUUAUCUGCGCGUACUUACAUAGUGGUAAUCCUUCCCACGCCUUUUCUCUAUUCCGAGAAAUGAAUCUAGGUAGAAAGAUCAAACCUGACGCGCUUAUCCUCGUGGCCAUGCUUUCUGGUUGUGCUGACAGCGGUUCGUUGGGCUUUCAUGGUAAAUCUAUCCAUGCUUAUAUGGAGAGGAACCACAUGGAUGUCAGUGUUCAGCUUGGAACUUCUCUGAUCGACAUGUAUGCUAAGUCUGGUUGUUUGAAAAAUGCUUUUUUUGUUUUCGAGAGAAUGCCUGAGAGGAACGUUAUGCAUUGGACUGCCAUGAUUUGUGGUCUAGCUUCUCACGGGCAUUGCGAUGAGGCCUUGGCCUUUUUUGAGAGGAUGAAGGCCACUGGUGUUAGGCCAAAUGAGAUAACUUUUACGGGUGUCCUGAAUGCAUUUCGGCAUGCUGGUUUGGUUGAGGCUGGUUAUAGUUACUUCUGCAACAUGAUGAAUGAAUUUGGUUUUGAGCCGGGAAUUCACCAUUAUGGCUGUAUGGUAGACCUGUUUGCAAAUUCUGGGAGGAUACAGGAUGCUUUGUCUUUGAUCCAGAGCAUGAAGGUUGAGCCAAAUGUGGUGAUAUGGACUUCGCUUCUGUCAGCUUGCAAGAGAUAUAGGAACUUUGAGAUGGCAGAGAAGGUGAUUGCGGAGGUUCUUUUGAUUGCUGAACCAGAUGAUGAUGGUGGAGUUUAUGCCCUUGUGUCUGAUUUAUAUGCAUUGGGUGGCAGGUGGAAUGAUGUUCAGAAAGUGAGGGGGUUGAUGGAAAGGCUAAAUGUGAAGAAGAAAAGAGGAUCUAGCUUCAUUGAGAUGGAAAAUUUAGAGGAUAAUGUAGCAUCCAGUAACAAAGGAUGAGUUCCUAACUAGUUUUGAUGAAUUCUAAUGGAAUCACGGGAAAGAUUCAAUUUUGUUUCAAUAAUUAUAGUAAAGCAAGGAAAGCAGGAAGUACAGGCUAUAAAGUCAAGCUGAAACAACCAUUUAGAGAAAUAUCAGGUUGGCUAAAAAGCAUGCACAAGCCAUGGUCUUUGUCGAUGCAGUUGCACAAGCUUGGAGAUCAAGUUAGAAGAAAGGCAAAGUCAGUUUCAUCGAAGCAUGUGGCUUGCUUAUCUGAAGGACGUAGCCAUAAGGAGUGGCAAAAGGGAAGUCAGAGACUCAAUUUUGGAGUUAGCAGGGAUGAUUGGUUAAUUUACUCCCUUGUUGUGAUGCUUGAUUCUUGCGGUGGUUAAUAAUUUCACAAUUUUAUAAAAAAAAAACUAUAUGCUUGUCGAUUCAAAGAUGUUUGAGGUUACAUUAUUGAUUUUGAUUUCUACAUUAAAUAGUCUAAUACUCACUUUGGUUGAGUAAAUCUGUAAAUUUAUGAAGGAAAUGUUAAUUUUGAUCAAUAAACCCUUUUUUAUAUUAAUAUCUCAAUCAAAACUCACUUUUCUAUCCCACCAGCAAUUGCGAAGGGGGUUUUAAACGUUCUUUUGAUCAGAGCUUGCUCAUCAUAUCAGUCAACGAGCACUUUUCAACAAUGGUAAGUUUGAACUUUGUGGACUUUGGGCUGCUCGUUUUGCUAGAUUUUACAACAUUGGAUGGCUAAACCACCAUCAGAGCGAGCUAAUCACAGGUCUACGGAGGACAACUCAAGUAACAAUGCUUAAUCUCUUAAGGAAAUGUUUAUUGUAUCAUCAUAUUUGAUGCAACCAUGGACCAUUUGAUUUAGCUAUUUGGAUUCUCGCAGUUAUCCUUUUAUUUACAAUGUUUAUUUAGUUUUGAUUAAUUAACUUUUACAAAUACCUUUGUUAAUUGUUAUAGUUAGUUAAGUACUUGGCUUGCUUUUCUUCUCUCGGUUAUGUAUGGUGGCAGGAAAGAGGUCACGGUUUUUACACCAUAUUGGUAUGAGAGAAGCAAUGGCGGGCAACAGUGACCACAGAGCUGACAAUGGUGAACACAGUUGGGACAUCCAAUUGGAACAACUGCAGCGACCAUCUCUAAUUAAGAGAAUACACCAUACAACAAGGCUACCUCUUUAAAGGUUUAAAGGUAACCAGUUAUGCAGACCUGACACUUUGCUUCAUCAAUAACUCACUAAAGAAUGUCACCGUGGAGGAUUUACUACUCAUACCGGCAAGGACAAGGCAUUAUAGCUUAUGCAAUCCAAAGUUUUUUGGCCAAGAAGCCGGAGGGACGCCUGUAUGAAUUGCCAAAAGGUUUAAGGAAAUAUGUCAAACCAACGGCUUAUACAGCCCCCUACUAGCGCCUGAUUCCAUUUGUAAAAAUCUUAGCAUUGAGUUUGUGUUAUGACUGCCUUAAAUUGCAUGAGGUAUGAACACAGUCAUGGUUCUCCUUGACCAUUUAAACAAGAUGACUCAUUUCCUAGCUUGUAAGAAAAUCUUUGACAUCGGAAACACAACCAUGCUCUUCUUUUAGA